CUACUUUGCUGAUCCUGAUUUCUCUCCUAAAAUUAAAAAAUAAAUAAACAUGCGAACACUAGACGACAUUGAAAUCGAAACACCAGAGACGACGGCGUCAUCCCCCUUCCUCCGCACCGGAGACCUCGCCGCCGGCGCCGCAACUUCCCAGCUCCUUCUGCCCGGUCCCACACGCGUCCCCCCAUGGAGGGAGCAGCUCACCUUCCGGGGCGUCGCCGUGGCCGCGGCGCUGGGGACGCUGCUGUGCGUGGUGAUCCACCGCCUCAACCUCACCGUCGGGGUCAUCCCGGCCCUCAACGUCGCCUCCGGCCUCCUCUCCUACUUCCUCACCACGGCGUGGCGGGCCGCCGCCGGGAGGCUGGGGUUCGGCCGCGGGAGCCCGUUCACCAGGCAGGAGAACACCGUCAUCCAGACCUGCGCCAUCGCCUGCGCCGGCCUCGCGUUUAGCGGGUGCUCGGCGUCGUAUAUCUUCGCGAUGGACAGGAAGACGUAUGAGCUCGUCGGACCUGACUAUCCGGGUAACCGAGUGGAAGAUGUUAAAGAUCCUUCGCUUGGUUGGAUGAUCGGGUUCCUGUUUCUCAUUGCUCUCCUCGGGCCAUUUGCUAUUGUCAUCCUGCGAAAGGUAUUGGUGAUUGAUUACAAGCUUGCAUUUCCUGGUGGGACAGCUACAGCUCUCAUGAUUAAUAGCUUGCAUGGAGAAAAAGAAGCUGAUCUUACAGGAAAGAAAGUCCAUUGCCUUGUAAAGUUCAUGGGCCUUAGUUUUGGCUGGAGCUUCUUUAAGUGGUUCUUCAGUGGAGUUGGUGAUUCUUGCGGCUUUGACAAUUUUCCAACAUUUGGACCUGAAGCUUUUAAGAACACGUUCUUUUUUGACUUCAAUCCUAGUUAUGUUGGGUAUGGUCUUAUUUCUCCCCACAUUGUUAAUUGCUCAGUCUUUCUUGGGUCAGUCAUAUCCUGGGGGUUUCUUUGGCCAUUUAUCACUACAAAAGCUGGUGAUUGGUACCCAGAUAACCUUAGUAGCAAUGACUUCAGAGGCCUUUAUGGUUAUAAGGUUUUUGUAGCAAUUUCGAUCAUACUUGGAGAUGGCCUCUACAACUUGGUAAAAAUCUUUGUUAUCAUUGCAAGAGAAAUCUGCAACGCGCAAUCAAAACAACGUGAUCAGCUUGUUCAACCUCUUCAAGAUAAUGAGAGCUCUAAACCAUUAAUGGAUGAUACGCUUCAAACUGAGAUGUUCUUCAAAGAUAGCAUACCCACAAGUUUUGCUGUUUCUGGUUACAUUUUGCUCGCAGCAAUAUCCACAGCAGCUGUGCCCUCCAUAUUUCCCCAGCUGAAGUGGUAUCUUGUGCUUGCCUGCUACUUCCUUGCUCCUGCCGUUGCCUUCUGCAACUCCUACGGGAUGGGCCUGACGAACUUGAACCUUGCGCCCACCUAUGGCAAGAUUGCCCUCUUUUUAUUUGCCUCCCUUGUCGGCAGCAACAAUGGUGGUGUCAUCGCUGGCCUUGCAGCAUGUGGCAUCAUCAUGUCAAUUGCCUGCUCUGCGGCAGAUCUCAUGCAGGACUUCAAGUGUGGCUACCUCACCCUCUCCUCGCCGCGGUCAAUGUUCGUCUCCCAGCUAACUGGGGUUGCGCUCGGAUGCAUCAUUGCUCCGCUCACGCUGUGGCUCUUCUGGACAGCCUUCGAUAUCGGCAACCCUGAUGGGGAGUACAAGGCCCCGUUUGCCAUCAUCUUCAGGGAGAUGGCCAUUCUUGGGGUCGAAGGUUUUGGCUCCCUGCCCAAGUACUGUCUCCAGAUCUGCUGCGCAUUCUUUUUGGCGUCAUUGGCCGUCAAUCUCCUGAGGGAUCUGUCGCCCGCCAGUGCAUCGAGGAUUAUCCCCAUACCGAUGGCGAUGGCUGUGCCGUUCUACAUCGGUGCGUUCUUCGGGGUGGACAUGUUCGUUGGGACGGUGAUCUUGUUCGUGUGGCAGAAGGUGAACCGGAGGGACGCCGAUGAUUACGCGGUAGCAGCGGCGUCCGGGCUGAUCUGUGGGGAUGGAAUAUGGAGCAUUCCUUCUGCUGUUUUGUCCAUCCUUAAAAUUGAUCCACCGGUCUGCAUGUCCUUCAGGCCGUCUUCUGCUUCCAGGUGAGAAGAUGGCUCCAAAGUCUCUGUCUAUCACAUGAAUUUGUGCCCUUCAGUAAUGAAUCUUUGUAAUUACAUAUACGUACAUACUAAGAUGUGUUUUGUCUGUGUAUCAUCGAUCUAUUCUUCUGUGUAGAGUUGAAAAUAGAAAGAGAACAAAAAGAAUGAUACCAGGCACUAAAUGAUACCAUGGUACCAGUUGUGAACUUGUGAUA